UAAAUAAAUGGAACCACUUUGUCCAUUCCAACACGUACAACAAGAAAUCUCCAUCUCAAAGUGUUGUGUUUUAGAGUUUUAUUACUCUCUCUCUCUCUCUCUCUCUCUCUCUCUCUACGCUUCUAUGUUGUUGUUUUAGACGUGGACGCUUCCUCCAUCACAAACACAGAAACUAUAUUCAAGGGCUAAGAUUAUUCACAAGAUACAUGAAAAGGGUCUAAUUUGGAGGCAACAAUUUUGUAUUUUUUUUUAUGUUGAGUUGGAAAUUGAUGUUGCAAUGAUGAUUCAUGGUAUGUAGAAUGUAUCCAUGAUGAUGACGAUGAUGGGAAUCUUAAACAUGGAAAAGAAAUGGUUAUUUCCUUUAAUUGUUACCUCUGCUUUUUGUAUGCUUUUUCUAGCAACAUCCUUUAACAUGGGUCUUGUCUCUUCAAUUCACUCCAUCAAUUCACUCUUCUUUUUUCUACCAUCACACUCACAUAGAAACCAAACCUCACUUGCUUUUGUGGAGAGAAAGAUUUCUCCCGCCCCGGCUCCCAAUAGGCCUUCGAUCCCUCGGUUCGCUUAUUUGAUUUCCGGCUCCAAAGGUGACUUGGAGAAGCUUUGGAGAACUCUUCUUGCGCUUUACCAUCCAUUGAAUCAUUAUGUUGUUCAUUUAGACCUCGAGUCGCCGUUGGAGGAAAGAUUGGAACUUGCUUCUAGAAUUGAAAAACAGCAUAUUUUCAAUGAGGUUGGGAAUGUGUUUGCUAUCACUAAAGCCAAUAUGGUUACUUACCGUGGACCGACGAUGGUUGCGAAUACUCUUCAUGCUUGUGCUAUUUUGCUUAAGAGAAGUAGAGAUUGGGAUUGGUUUAUUAAUCUUAGUGCUUCCGAUUAUCCUCUUGUUACUCAAGAUGAUCUACUAUAUACAUUCUCAAGUUUAGAUAGAAACCUUAACUUCAUGGAGCACACGAGUCGGUUAGGAUGGAAGUUGGAUAAACGAGCAAUGCCGUUAAUAAUAGACCCGGGGCUUUACGAGUCAAAGAAGUCUGAUGUAUUUUGGGUUAAUCCUAAGCGAACUUUGCCAACUGCAUUUAAACUAUUCACUGGUUCAGCAUGGAUGGUUUUAUCACAUGAAUUUGUGGAAUUUGUUGUAUGGGGUUGGGAUAAUCUCCCAAGAACCCUACUCAUGUACUACACAAAUUUUCUCUCUUCCCCGGAAGGCUACUUUCAAACUGUCGCGUGCAACGUGCCGGAAUUAUCGAAAACCCUUGUUAACAGUGACUUACAUUAUAUUUCGUGGGACAUCCCUCCUAAACAGCACCCUCACGUCCUUAACAUAAACGACACGGAAAAAAUGAUUGCGAGUGGCGCCGCCUUUGCUAGAAAAUUCAUGCAAGACGAUCCAGCCAUGGACUUAAUCGAUAAAACAUUACUACGUAGGAGAAAUGGACUAUUCUCUUUCGGUGGUUGGUGCUCCGGUAAACCAAAAUGUACCGAGGUCGGGAACAUUUAUAAACUCAAACCCGGUCCAGGGUCUCAAAGGCUUCAACAACUUCUAGCCGGACUAACGUCGAAGGCUAAAUCGGGUGAGGAUCAGUGUACAUAAAUCAUGUUGGGAAUUUUCAUGAUUGGAGAUUGAUGAAGGUUAUUUUUUAUAGCCAAAGUAUGUUAUUCAUGCACCUAGAUGGAGUAAGGUUGAAAUGCAAUUGCAUUUCAUAUUCAUAAUAUAAGAUUGGUGAUCAUUAAAUUCAAGGCAUUGACUUAGCUAUUGGCUAUAGUUGCCACUAUAUAAAUGGCAUUAGGAUCAUCUUUUAUUUUUGUAGGUCCUUUUAUCACAUAGAGGUUACAUGAUUUUUUGGCAGCAUCAUGGUCAAGGAAUGUUAUAAUUUUUUUCAUCAUUUUUGUUACUUUAUACACCAAGCUUCAUGAGUCGUGAUCUUUUUGCUCAAUUAGCCAUAAACUAUGCAAGAUAUUUACCUAAUUGCAAUACAAAAUUAUCGCCAUCAAGAA